AUGGCCAUCAACUCGCUGAGCAUGGUGGAGGCCAGGCUGCCUCCGGGGUUCAGGUUCCACCCGCGGGACGACGAGCUCGUGCUCGACUACCUGGCUAAGAAGCUCGGCGGUGGCGCCGGCGGCGGAGGCCAGGUGGUGGUGAGCAUCUACGGCUGCCCCACCAUGGUCGACGUCGAUCUCAACAAGUGCGAGCCCUGGGACCUUCCUGAUAUCGCGUGCAUUGGUGGAAAAGAGUGGUAUUUCUACAGCCUUAGGGAUAGAAAGUAUGCCACCGGCCAACGUACAAACAGAGCAACUGAUUCGGGAUAUUGGAAGGCUACGGGGAAAGACCGUCCGAUAAGCAGGAAAGGGUUACUUGUUGGUAUGCGCAAAACCCUUGUGUUUUAUCAAGGUAGAGCCCCAAAGGGAAAGAAGACUGAGUGGGUUAUGCAUGAAUUUCGCAUGGAAGCACAAGGUGAUCCCAUGAAAUUACCUUUCAAGGAGGACUGGGUCUUGUGUAGAGUUUUCUACAAGAGUAGGGCAACAGUUGCAAAUCCACCCAUAGAGAGUAGCAGCAGCUUCAAUAUUGAUGCAGCCACAACUUCAUUGCCUCCCCUCAUUGACAACAACUACAAUAUUUCCUUUGACCAGCCUGGCUCAUCAGUGCAAAACCUAGAGGGUUAUGAGCAAGUGCCCUGCUUCUCCAGUAACCCCUCUCAGCCUUCGUCAUCGAUGAACGCUCCGCUGUCGUCUGCCGCUGCCAUGGCCGAUCCGGAGCAGCACAUGGGGAAGUCAAUAAUCAAGGACGAUGUUCUCAUGAGCCAGUUCAGCAGGUUCGAAGGCAACGUCAAGAGGGAGGCGCCUCAAAGCAAUUUUUCUCAGGAUGGGUUUGAGUACUUAGCGGAGAGUGGAUUCACACAGAUGUGGAAUUCGUUCAAUUAA